AUGAAGUUAUUGAUCCCUCUCUUUCUUUGCAACAUCGCAUCGGUUGCUGCUGAUCUUGGCAAGACAGAACCUCCCCGUCCUACUCCACGUCCGACAGAACAUGACAAAUUCAACCGUGAUGGGACCGAAGCACCGGAUGUCAUCGUAGUGCCAACAACAGAUGCUCCUGUUUGGCCUCCAACACCUCCUCCUAUUGGGAAUCCACCACCGACUCGGCCGCCCACUCGGCCACCGACUCCUUUUCCUACACUUCGACCCACUCCUUCGCCUACAAAACGGCCCACUCCACAGCCGACUCAGCGACCCACUCCUCGACCCACGGAGCGUCCUAUCAGUGCACCGGUUACUCCUGAUCGUAAUGACGAACCUGGCCAACCCAUUGUCUUUCCACCCAAUCCAAAUCCAACACCUAAUCCUACGCCCAAUCCAACGCCCAAUCCAACCCCUAAUCCCACCCCAGCACCAACUCCACAACCCACAUCCGCAAGGCCUACCCUACCACAAAACAUUUUUGAGAUAGCCGGAGGCAAUUCGUGUCCGCAUGAAACUCUUUUGAGCGUUAUCGAUACUACACCAGGCGUAAAGACUUUUCUCAUUUCCAGCUUUCCAGUCACCAUCUUUGGCCCCACCGACAGCGCCUUUUCAUCCGCUGGAAACUUGGAUCCAGCUACCUUGGGAAAUGUUUUGGCUGGACAUGUAGUGCCAGGAGUGUAUACAACUGCUGACAUUAUUGCGAAUGAGUGUGUCGAGCUUACUUCUCUUUCAGGCGAACAACUUCGUGUCCGUUACGCGAACGGUCAAAUAGAGAUCAACGAUGCCGUUGUGACUUGUGAUGAUGCUGCCGGUUCUGGAGGUAAUAUUCUUGGGAUUGACCGUGUCAUCCCUGCAGGUACCUUCCGUCCAUGCCGCAAUGGGUAUGUGGAACAAGCAUUUCUAUAUGGAAAUCCUGACCCAUUUUUAAUCGUAAGGGGUACCAUGUACGAUGCAGCAUGGCGACGAGGUGGAUAUGGUCUUCUUCUAAGUUCCAUCACCAGAUCCACAGGCGUAAUGGAUACCAUUGCACGACACUAUCCCGUCACCAUUUUUGCGCCAAACGAUGAUGCCUACAACGCUAUGUAUGAUAUGCUCGUCAUGACCGACAUGCGUGACAUCGGUAGUAUUUUCUCUGCCCAUGUCGUCAAAGGAAUCUACACCCUUCGAGAUUUUGCCGAAGCUGGUUGCAUGGAAUUGGACACUGUUGGGGGCACCAAGAUUCGUGUCCUAGUGGAAAAUCUCAUGGUCAAAGUGAACGAUGGCCUAUUGACUACUCCCGAUAUGGCUGGCAAUGGUGCUGAUGGUAUCAUUCAGGGCAUUGACAAAUUCUUGUUGGAAGGAUCCUUUACACCAUGUCCAGGGUCAUCAGGUAAUACCAUGGCGGGGUCCGCCAUUCUUGAUCCCCCGGCAGACGGUACACCUGCUAUUCCUCCUCCUACCACUGAUACCCAAAGGGACGAAGAUACGGUUGCUAGUCCUCCUCCUCCUCUCAUCUUUGACCCGCCAGCGACUCCGGAGGAGACUGCAGCCGUUCUCCCUCCGCCUCCAACUCCCAAAGAGAACGAAGAGGAUAAGAAGGACAAGGAUGACGACAAGAAGGAUAAGGAUGAUAAAAGCAAGAAGGACAAGAGCAAGAAGAAGAGCGACAGGAGGCUUCGGAGCAGCGGUGGCGUUUAG